UCAUGUAUUCUUAGAACACAAGAAUACAUAGUUCUUCAACAAUGGAGUUUUAUAUCAUACUCCUCAUCUCUUUAUGUCUAUGUCUUCUUCUAAAACCACUCAUCACUCUUCUUCUUCCUUCAUCGAAACCCACCAUUAAUCUUCCACCAGGACCUUCCAAAUUCGCACUUUUAUCCAAAUUUUUGGUGGGUAGAAGAUCCUUUUAUGAGUUAGGUCCUAUUGUUUCUAGCCUACGUAAAAAAUAUGGCCAGCUUAUUACUGUCCAUCUUGGUUCUCAGCCUACUAUUUUCAUCACCAACAAUGUUCUUGCUCACCAAGCUCUUAUACAAAACGGAGCGGUUUUCGCGGAUCGUCCGCCCUCCAUUAACAGCCUUAUUGUUAGUAAUUCAAAGAAAAUCAUCAGUAAAUCUCCUUAUGGACCUGUGUGGCGUGCGCUCCGUCGAAAUCUUACGUCAGGCGUUCUUCAUCCUGCGCAGCUUAGAUCUUUCUCCCGUAUUCGAAAACGAGUUCUGAAUAAUCUGAUUCAUGGACUUCAAAAUGAAUCUAAUCUGAAGAAAGAUGUUUAUGUUGAAGAUCAUUUUCGUCAUGCUGUGUUUUCGCUGCUGAUUCUUUUAUGCUGCGGAGAGAGUGGUACUGAUAAGCUGAUUUUAGAUGUAGAAAAUGCGCAGAUAAGACUUUUCAAGAGCUUUCCGAGGUUCAUGAUUUUCAUUAUGAUGCCGAGGUUGGGGAAGUUAUUGUUCAAGAAACUAUGGAAGGAGCUUAACGAGAUUGUGACUGGUUUCGAUGUUGCUAUAGUUCCUCUGAUCGAAAUGCGGAAGCAAGAAUUACAGCAAAGCUCACGAAACGACGGAGAACAACAACACAGUUUCUACGUCGACACGUUACUAAAUCUCCAAGUUCCCGGAGAAGAAGAGAACAUUUCAGAAGCAGACGUUCUUGGAUUAUGCAAUGAAUUCAUAGCUGCCGGAACAGACACAACAAUGCUUUCUCUAGAGUGGAUCAUGGCGAACCUCGUUAAAUAUCCGCUCAUACAAUCCAAGAUUCUCGACGAAAUAAAACAAGUUAUAGGCGAGAAUGAUUUCAAAGAAGACACGAUCAAAGAAGAAGAUUUACAGAAGAUGACAUAUCUAAAAGCGGUGAUUCUUGAAGGUUUAAGGAGGCACCCGCCCGGAUACGCGCUAGCUACGCCCCAUUCCGUGACGGAGGAUGUUCAGUUAGGCGGCUACACGGUUCCUAAAGGGACUGCUGCAAAUUUCUUGAUUGCUGAUAUGGGAAGAGACCCGAAUAUUUGGGAAGAUCCUAUGGAGUUCAAGCCGGAAAGGUUCUUGAAGCAAGUAGAUUACGAUGUUACUGGGACUAGAGAGAUUAAAAUGAUGCCGUUUGGUGCUGGAAGAAGGGUUUGUCCUGGGUAUGGAUUGGCUAUGCUGCAUUUGGAGUAUCUGGUGGCUAAUUUGGUUUGGCAUUUUGAAUGGAAAUCGGUUGAUGGUGAAGAGGUUGAUCUUACUGAAAAACAUGGCAUCACUCUCUCUAUGAAGAAUCCUUUACGUGUUCAUUUAUCUCCUCGAUUUUAAUUAUUUACUACCAUUUAUAGGCUUGGUUUUUGUGGGAUUUAAUGUUUUUAUUCUGUAUCCAUUUUGUUAUAUUGUGAAGUCUUUUUUUUCUUA